GCAGUUCACUGUACAUCAUGAACCUGCUGAGAGUGUGGAAAAAAGAAAUGAAAAAGAAAAAGAGGAAGGAAAGGGUUUGGAGAGAGAGAGAUAGAGAGAGAGAGAGAGAGUCGAAACUAGCAGCAGCGUCACUGAUGUAGUCACAACAGGAAACGCAUCAUCUGAGAGGGAGGGGAACUGAGCAAGAGAGGGAGGAAUCUGGGUAGAACUACGUAAUUUAAAUCAUUAGGGAAAAACAAGCUGCAUUUGUUAUUUCUGCCACAGAUGAACAGACACCACUUCAGCAAGAGAACAGCUGCUUUACUUUUGUCAACAUUUAUCAAAACUUUAAUGUUAAUCUGAAGCUUUACACAGAGUUGCUGAGAAGAAAAGAUACUUCUACAGACAUUUUUCCUCCCUGAUGAUUGGAAUAAGGGACUUUAUUGGCAGCUACUGUGUGGAUUAUGCCUGAAUGAUGAGACCUCUCCAGACACCAGAAGUGGAUAUGAGCAACAAGACACCAAUUCUUGUCUUCCUGAUUAUCUAUAUAAACUGUGUGUCAGUGAAAGGACUGGGCAUCCCUCAGCUUGACAAACUGGUGGUGAAGAUUUUGGAUGGGGAGGUAAUAGUACUUUGGAAACAUCCUGUGGACGCCCCUUCAAACUCCCAGUACAAUGUACAAAUGGCAAAGUAUACUGGUGAAUGGGCCACGGUGGCCAGCUGCACAGGGAUCACAAAGACCUACUGUGACCUCAGCAGCUAUAUACAUGACUAUCACGCUGGCUACAAGGUCAGAGUUCAGAUGGUCGUAGGAGAUGAUGUGUCUGAGUGGACAGCCAAGAAAUUUCUGCCAAAUACAAGUGAAUUGCAGCCUCCCUCCUUCACUUUGUGGGCUACUUCCAGCACUCUAACAGUUUAUGUUCACCAAAAACCCAUUCUGAGAAAACUCUUUCCUUAUGGGCUCACCUACACCAUCUACCUGGAGGAGAGAGGACAAGAAACUAAGAAUACCACAGCAUACCUGAAAGAUGAUGUGGGGGACCAUCAGAGGACUAAGACUUUCAGUUCUCUGCACUGGGGGAGAGAGCACUGUGUCAGCAUCAAGGUAGAGGGCAAUGGAGCUCUUUCCAAAAGCAGUGUAUCCCACAAACAGUGUCUAGUGCUACCAGAGCAAGAAUGGUUCAUAAUUGCUGUGUCAUCCCUAUCUAUACUGGGUGUGCUGGCCUUCGUUGCUAUCAUGGCAACCACCUUCCUGUGUUACCUGAGACGUCCAGAGAAAACACCUGCUGCAUUGAAAUCCCCUGUAAGUGGCUGGCUCCCACUCUCUGUUGGAGAAGGGACUAUGGAGGUUGUUACAGACAAAGGAUGGUUCCUGUCCAGUUACAGAACAGAAGUGAAAAACUGUGUCAAAGACCCAGUGACUCAUGUUACGGUAACAGAGGGCAAUGAAGAGGACAGGAGGACAAGCAUGGACAGUGGGGUCAGCAUGGAGUCCAACUCUGCCACAAACAUCGGAGGACGUCCUCCAAUGAGACAAGAGGACAGUGGCUGUGGGAGCUUGGGCGGACCAGAGAGCUCCACAAGCAGUCAGACAGAUUACCCGAGGCAGGAUGGGAGGACUGAUACCGACAUAGCUAGGAAGAGGGAGGAUAGUGGGGUGGGGCUCGGCUGCCAGCUCGAUUCUUCUUCCAUGAAUCUGGAUGGACAGGACAUUGGGUCUCUAAAGGAAGCUGUUGCUGGGGGUAAUUAUCGCAGCCAGAGCCCCUCUGCUGUGCAGGUUCAUGUCUGUGAUGACGAGGAGAUGUUUAAACAGAUGCUUCCUGGCUCAAUUUUGGCCGAAGUGGUCACAGGCUACAGGGCUGGACCUCAAUCGUGUAUUUGCUCAGGAGCAGGUCAAUGCACUUGGUGCCAUAAACAAGACCAUUAUGGAACUGAAGUUAUCAAACAAUACAAAGCUAUGUGUAUUGACAAUGGACUACUGAGCGGCAAAUGUGAUUUUGUGAACUCUUACAAAAGGGGGUUUGCAUUUUCAAGUUAUUCUAAAAAAACACAAAUGGACACUGUCACAAUGGAUGACUUGGAAACAACUUUUAUACAACUGGGAGAGACUUUCCCUCUGCUAACAGCUCUAUCACAGGUGCCCCUAGUGGAGGGAGGACAGGACUUCAAUAUGAACGAUGUGUCCCUCUCUCUUUGUGACGUACAGCUCAAAACUGACUGAUAAACUGCGGCAUGCAACAAUGCUAUUUAUAAAAUCAUGCUGAUGUAACCUGCAUGAGUGCUAUACUGACACAAUAAACUCCCUUUUCCCACAUGA